AUGUAUGUAGAUAAAAUUUCUCAACAUUCAACUAUUAUUCGAACAACUAAUAAUCAACACUAUUGUCAUCGUGAACUUCCUUUACGUAUUUGUUUUUAUGGUGAUAAAUGUCAAUAUCAAAAUCAACGAGUUGCACUUACUAUAGAAUUUCAAGUAUUUUUUCAUUUAAAACGAAUAUCAUUUGCUAUUGUUAUUACACUUAUAGAUGAUAGUGAUCGACAAAUAAUUCAUUCAUAUCAACAACUUACUUAUUUAUCAAUGCAACAUUAUCAAAUAAAAUUUAAUAUAUAUUUAUUUAAUUUAUUCUACACGACCUAA